AUGUCGACACAAUUCAGAAAGACAAAUAGCAAGCAGACACAUAAGAAACUGGAUCCAGAACUGAAGUUUAAGCUGGAGACUUUGACGGAAUUGUUCCCGGAUUGGACGAACGAUGACUUGAUCGACUUGGUGCAAGAAUACGAAGACCUGGAGACAAUAAUUGAUAAGAUAACGUCAGGCGCGGCUACCAAGUGGGACGAAGUGAAGAAGCCAUCUAAGAAGGAAAGACAGCGGGAACAACAACAGCAAUUGCAACAACAACAGCAGCAGCAACAUCAUCAUCAGCAACAACAACAACAACAACAAUCACAACAACAAUCACACAGCACACAGCAGAAUGGGGAAACGUCGCAAUCGGACCAUCACACACAUUUGCACAACAACGAGAGCGCAAUACAUUCGCAUGGCUCCACCGCUGCAGGUUCAAGCGGAGCAGUUGGCAGAUCUUCCAGGCACGGAGCCAACAAUGCUAGGUUUGGCAAGAAAACAACUCCAAGAAAGGACAGAGAACGUGGUGGUGCCAGCGGCGGCCUUAGCGCAACUAAGCAGCAAACCUCAGCGGCUGUAGAAGCGGGUAAACCGGCGGUCUCGGCGGCAAAGUCCGCGGCUUCGUCUUCUUCUUGGGCCGCUAUGGCAUCUGACAAAAAAGCUCAAAAAAUCGCAAAAGCCGUGAAGGAGGUGGAAACCCACUCUGCUGAUUCGCAAGAACGCGAACCAGAAAUUUCAUCAGCCACCACAUUGCCACCACAGCCUGUGGAUGCCGUACAUCAGAUGCUAGACAGCGAAAAACUAGAUGAAGCUGCUACCGCGGCCCAAUUUGCUGCCACACAUCAACAAGACAUUCAAAAACCAAAGAAAAUGACAUGGGCUGCCAUUGCGACCCCCAAGCGCAAACCUGCUACCCCUAAGAGGACAGAACCAUUAGAAGAGUUGGAAGACCUCAAGAAAGAGGCGGCAAAAAUUGAAACCGAAGACGCUGCUCAGGCAUCGCGCCCAAUGGAUGAACAGCCCGUUGAGGAGUUCGAACCAACUGAGGUGGUCGUUGAAGAAGUCGAAGUCACAGUAAACCAGGGAGCUCCUGAGGAAUCAUUGACAGAAGCUAGGGAAGAUGCUAUUGAGGAAGCCCUAGAGGCCGUUUUGGAACCAUCCACGCUUGAAGCUGAAGCUUCAGGCCAAGAAGAACCGGAAACCAGUGUUAAAGAGGAAUCCGGGCAAAUCCCUUCGCCUCAGACGCAGCCACACUUGCAACAGGACGAGCAAUCGGUUGGCUACGGAGUGGUCGAUGAACAGCAGCCACUACAAGCCCAAGCUGGUGUCGCUGUGGGUCAGCAAGGUUACUACCCACAGCAACAACCUCAGCAACAACCUUACACUCCACAAACGCCACAGCAACCAUUGCAACAGCAAAAUGCAGCUGCUGCCGCGGCAGCCGCGCAACAGCAAUACUACAUGUAUCAAAGUCAGUUCCCAGGCUACUCCUACCCAGCUAUGUUCGACAACCAAAGCUACCCAGCUGCUUACAGUCAACAGCAGUACGCUCCUCAGUCGCAAAGUGGUAACCAACCUCAAUCUGCCGGAACACAAGCAGGUCAAUACUCUGUUCCACCUGGAUACAGCAAUGGCACCAGAGACUUCAUGGCCGCAUCGCCAGCCGCUGCGCAAGUGCAGUUGCAACAACAACAGCAGCAGCAACAACAGCAGCAGCAGCAGCCUUACGGAGGCUCUUUCAUGCCUUACUACCACUUCUACCAGCAAUCCUUUCCAUACGGCCAGCCUCAAUAUGGGCUCACUGGUCAAUAUCCUUAUCAACCAAAAGCAUACAACUACAUGAGCCAGUACCCUCAACAACAAAGUCAAGCGCAGUCCUCGUCCUCGCAAUCACAACAAGGUGAAGAAGCAGGCGCUAACCAGCCCUCUGCUCAGACCACCUCUCAACAGGGCCAAGGUCAAGGUUCCGGGCAACAAUCACAGGCACAAUUGAAUGCGCAACAACAAGCCCAAUUCCAGCAGUACUAUCAAUUCCAACAGCAGCAACAGCAGCAACAGGCUGCUGCUGCCGCCGCUGCUCAACAAAGAGCACCUUACGGGUACUCGGGUUACGAAACCGCAUCUCAGACUUCAAGAGGCUUCUACUGA